AUCGCCCAAGUACGUACAAAUCUACACAUCUUCUUCAGGCUUCAGGCCUUCAUCCAUUCUGCUUCCAUCUCCUCCAUCAGGCUUGAGGCUUCGACCAGAUCACAGCUCUCCAGUUACCACCAGCCAUGGGUGCCAAGACCACCUCAUGCUUCACCUUCCUCAAGGAAGCGCUGGUCCUCCCCACGCGAAACCCCAAGCUCUUCGCCCCCAUCCUCAUCCUCCUGGCCAUCAUCGCCUUCCUCGUCCCCGCGGUCAACGUGGUCCUCAUCCAGCCGCUCACCGCCGAGAUGCUCCGCCACGUCACCGAGAUGCAGACCACCGACCCCUCGAGCGCCGAGUUCGCCAGGCUCCUGGAGGAGAUACGACAGGAGGCCAGGGAGCUCGUCCUCAUCGCCGUCGGCCUCUUUUUCGUCACCCUGGCGCUCGUCUUCGCCAAGCAGAUCCUCGCCUUCUCCGCGGCCUCCACGACCUACUCCGGCGACCGCUACUCGCUCGCCGAGCUCCUCCGCAGGCUGACCAAGUGGGCCAACCUGAGAGGCCCUCUCGUCACCAUGGGCGUGGUCACCGCGCUCCAGCUCACGUUCAUGGCGCUCCUGGGCGCCUACCUCUCCACCGUCAUGCGCCACGCGGGGGCGCUGUCCGUGCAAGGCGCGCUCUUCGUCCUCGCCUUCCUGGCCUUCAUGUACUUCGGGGUGGUGGCGGUGGUGGGCGUCGCCGUGUCGGUGGCCGACGAGGAGUGCCGCGGCGUGCGCGCGAUCCUGCGGGCGUGGCGGCUCAUGACGCGGGUGAGCAGGAAGGAGGGCGCCCUGCUGGCGGCGGUGAUGGUCCUCCUGUCGACCGCUGUGAGCCCGGUGUAUGCGCUAGCGCUCGUGUACGCCAAGAAGAGCAUGGCGGUGGGGCUGUGCCUGCUGUUUGGGUAUGCUCUUCUUUCUGCUGCGGUGGAGCUGUUCUACAUGGCGGCGGCCACGGUGUACUACUAUGAGGCCAUGGAGAGCAAGGAGGUGGUCCUGGCUUUUGAUGGCUACUAUGCCGAGAUACCUUCCCGUGAGGCAAAUGUCUGAUUGAUCGGCCGGCACCGUAUAAUGAGUCAUAUACUUUGUGGUGCUUCCUAGCUGUUCAUUAUCAUUGUACUACUACGUGUAUAUGUUACUAUGUCAGUCCUCGAUCAUAUAUACAGAAAAGUAGGCAAAAUCAGCAGCCAUCGGCCCCUCCAGCCAGGCAGAUGUUUGUUCUCAAGGACGCCAUUCACUUUUGGGUGCUUUCCGCUUUGCGGCGGAGAGGAUCAUCCAUGGAUCUGCGUGGCCGGGAAUGGAUUCUAGUUCCGAUUAGAUCUGA